AUGUUCCGCUCCGCCAUUGCUCGCUCCCUCAGGGCUUCCGCCCCCCGUGUCAUCAAGACCCCGGCUCCCUUCCACAUCCGCAGCUCCCCCAUUGCUGCCAUUCCCCAAUUCACUCCUUUCCAGGGUGCUCGUCUCUACUCCGCCCCUGCCGGUCUCUCCAAGAACGAGGCUGAGGGUCGCAUUGUCAACCUGCUCAAGAACUUCGACAAGGUCUCCGAUGCCAGCAAGAUUAACGGCACUUCACACUUCUCGAACGACCUCGGUCUGGACAGCUUGGAUACCGUUGAGGUCGUGAUGGCCAUUGAAGAGGAGUUCAGCAUUGAGAUCCCCGACAAGGAGGCCGACCAGAUCCACAGCGUUGAGAAGGCUGUUGAGUACAUCCUCGCCCAGCCCGAUGCUCACUAA